AUGUCACCAUGUUCAUUGCCGACACGGUCAUGGCGACGCUGCUUCCACGACUACUUUGUCACGCACCUGCCGCAAUCGUCGCUGCACCCGGACUCGAACCACAAACUGCCUCGCGACGUCGCCGCCCCUCACGACAAGCCGUCCGGUAGACAGCCCGCCGUCCUAUCUGCCGCACGCCGCGACACGACCGUCGUGCGCAUUCCCCUCAAGUCGGCAAAGCACCACUAUGGAGCCACCUGCUUGCGAGGCGGUCGCCCGCACAACGAAGACACGCACCAGGCCGGCACCAUCGAGAUACCCGCCUUUGCCAAACGCCAACCUGUCAGCUUGACCCGCGCAAACAAAGCCCUGCAAGAGACUGGCGCUGCCAGUGAGAGCGGCGACCCUCAGGUCUUCUACUUUGGUGUCUUUGAUGGUCAUGGCGGCGCUCAAUGUUCCGAGUUCUUGAAAGACCGAUUACACACAUAUCUGGAGGACUCGGCCAUCAAGUUCCACAUGGAAAGCAGUCUUCAAGACCCCAAAUAUACCGAUAUUGGUCACAACCAAGUCCAUGACCUGCAACGUAACCUGGUCAACACUUGGAAAGAUACCGUGGGCGGCUACUUUCGACGCUUCCGCCCUCAGUACUUCAGCAUCUUCAAGCCUACCGCCAGCACUGACGAGCAGCCCACUGCCGUCAACUCAAUCCAAGCUACCUUGAUGUAUGCUUUCCUCCACGCCGACAUGGACUUCACUGCAGCCCAAGCGUCCAAGCAUUCGCCAUCUCUUCCCGCCUCUACAGAUGAUCCUGUCUUAAGUGACCGGCCUCUCAACGACAACGACAUCCUCUCCUCUCCCGCCAGGCCUGCUUCACAGAAUCUCUCCAACGUCCUCAACCGCCCUAUAGGCGGACAUACCCGCUUCCAGGGUGGCUCUACAGCCUCAAUAGCCUUGAUUUCCACGCCAACACCAACUCCCUUCUGGAACCCGGCAUCUCCAGCUACAAUCGUGACAGCACACUGCGGCGACACUCGUAUUCUGCUCUGUCGUGUGAGCGACGGCAAAGCAGUACCAUUGACCACGAACCACCAUCCAUCCACUCCAGUCGAAGCAACUCGUCUCCGUCGCUUUGCCGCAACCUUCGUGACCGACAGUUUCGGCGAAGAGCGUAUUCUCGGCCUUGCAAACACCAGGUCCUUUGGCGAUAUCAGCUCCAAACGCAUAGGUGUAUCUGCAGAACCAGAAAUCCGCAUGACCCAUAUGGAGCCCAGUGAAUACAGCUUCCUGGUUCUCGUCUCGGAUGGCGUGACAGCAUCACUCGAAGACCAGGAGAUUGUCGAUGUUGUCAAAGAAGCAAAGACACCAGAAGCUGCUUCCAAAGAAUUGGCGACGUUUGCCACUGAAAUUGCUGGCGUCAGAUCUGACAAUGCUACUGCUAUAGUCGUACGCCUGGGUGGCUGGGAACGUAGGGUCGAAGGUGGCGGCGGUAGUAUCGGGACCAAGGAGGUGCGAGACUGGAAAAAGGUACAAGCCGAUGAUCCCAGGGCAAGCAGGCGGUAG